AUGAUCCACGAAAUCCUCCUCUCCCUCUCAGGUCACCCUUCGCCGCUCCUCACUUCCUCACACGACGAUCCAACUUCCAUCCUCUCGUCACCCGAAAAAGCCCUCCUCAAAGACCUUGCCCACCUCAGCAAUCUACAUUACUCUCUCCGCAGAGACACCCAGAUAAUCGUCGACAAACACCCCAGCGUGACCUGUCAAGCCGUCGCUACAUCCAUCCGCGCCGACAUCUUGGGCGCCUUCCAGCGCAAAAUCCUCGAGGUCGAAGAAGGUGUGCUGAAAAGGGAUGCGAAAUGGGUUGGUGGAGCAGAUGGGAAGGGGAUUGGUAUUGUGCCGUUGACGAGUGUGGUUGGUGAGUUUAGACCUUGGGUCAGGAGGCUGGAGUGGUUGCAGAAAAGUAUUAGGUUUAUGAAGGGGAAGACGGGAGCGCAGACGAUUGAUUACUUGGUUGGGGAGUGUAGGACUGGGUAUGUGGAUGUUGAAGAGGUGGCGUUGGGGUUGGUGAGAACAGCGGAGAUGGCGUGGCUGAGGUUGUGUUCGGGGUGGGUUUUGUAUGGGAAGUUGCCUGGAUUUGGGAGGGAAGACUUCUUUGUGCAGAGGGUCGGAGGGAGUGUUGAGGAGUAUGAGUUGAAGAGGGAAUUACUACCAGCAUUUGUGUCGAAUGCGACAGCUGGGUCGUUGCUCUUCAUUGGGAGAUCGCUGAAUCAUAUUCGAGUCAAGAGCGUCUCGAGGGGGAUAUCACCAGAACUCGAUUUGGUCACGAAACAUUUGAAAGAGCUUUCAACAGUUCAGUUUCCAAUCAACAGCGCCAAUUUCUCAAGGGUCAUUGCAUCAAUUCGUCUCUCAUUAAGUCAAACUACACUUCAGAAGCUUCUACCGACAAGCAAAGUUAUUGAAGUUUUGUCACUACUACGCGAUUUCUUCCUCCUCGGUCGUGGAGAAUUUGCAAAUGCUUUGAUUAAUGAAGCGGACGAGAAGAUCCGCUCUAGAUGGAGGAGAGCGGAUAACAUUGGUUAUGAGAAGCGAGACGGAUUGAGUAAUAUCGUUGUAAAAGAAGGCGAGGUCUCAGCAGUUCUCUCUAGAACUUGGGCAGCCAUGGGCUCUCUACAGGGAAGACAUGAGGAGCAUGACGAAGAUGAGCUGUUGGAACUUGCUCGAGAUUUGGUUCAGCUGAAUAUCAUCAAACCAACACCUUCGAAACCCACCAACAGAAUCGCGGACACACCAUUUGCAACCCUCCUCCUUUCCGUUCCAGUUACACUUACUAUGCACAUCCCCUCUCCCCUCGAUCUAUUCCUUACAUCCUCAGACCUAACCACUUACUCCGCAAUAAACGCUUACCUCCUCUCCAUUCACCGCGCCCACCUCCGUCUCACCGACCUCUGGAAAAUCACCACCCUCCGCCGCGACCACCCCGCGCCUCCAGGCCCACCAUACGGGAGUUCCAAAUCCGGAAAGGCCAAAACCAGGGUCCUACGAGAAAGAGCCAGAGAAAGGGGACUAGUAAUGCGAAAUGUGUGGGCGACGAGCAGUGCAGCUACUUUCUUUCUGGGAGAGACAGAAGCCUGGUUACAGGGUGUGGUCGGGGAGAGCUGGACGGGCUUUGGGGGAUGGGUUGGUGGGGAGGUUUCUGAGGCCGUAGAGGAGGGGGAUAGUGAUGAUGAUAUUUGGAUUUCGGCUGGGAAAGUCGCGGCGUCACAUCCUCAUGAUCCGCAGACGCUCACGCAUGCACAUACCCGCUAUCUCUCCUCGCUCGCCCAUGAUCUCCUCCUUACUACCCCGUCCUUUACGAAUGCGCUGUAUACCUUACUGCAACAGGUCGAUCGACUCGUGGGACUCGUGUACAGACUGCAGAGUCUCUGGCUGGCGAUGGAUUUAGAAAGUGACGAGGGCGUUGUAGAUGCAUAUCUGGAUCUAGGCAGGGAGGAGGGGGAUGUUAAGGCGGAGCUAAGGGUGGUUUGUGGGGUCGUGAGGGAGGGUGUUAGGGGUGUGGUUGCGGUUUUGGGGAGGGAUGUUGGGGGGGACGCUGGGUGGAGUGAGGAUGGUGAUGAGGUGGAUGAGGGAGAGGAUGGGGAUGGGAAGGCGUAUAUACCUGUUAAGGUUGGUCGGGUUGAUCGGCUGUUGAUGAAGCUUGAUUUUGGGGGGUGGUUUGAUGAUGGCGUUGGUGGUGGGGAGAGGGAUGAUGGGUUUUGA